GGCCGCCCCGCCCCGCCCGGCCCGGCCUCCCCCAGUCGAGUCGACGCGCCGCCGCCCCGGUCCACGGCCUCCUCCUCCGCCUCCAAAGGAAAAUCACCCGCACGCACGCACGCGCACUUCCACGACCUUCCCCCCACUUUCCCCGCCCCCCUCCGCCAGUCCACCGCCGAUGCCGCCGGCCUCGCCGCCCACCUGACGCCAUGCCGCCCCACUACCGCCGGAUCCUCUUCUCGGACGACUGCGAUCCUUGGUACGGCUGCCCCACGCCUCCCGCCCCUCCCUUCUUCACCCCUUCCCCAUCCCCCUCGCCUUCCUCUCCGCCGCCGAUCAUAUCGCCUCCUCCUCCUCCUUCGCCUUCCUUUUCUUUCUAUUUCCCUUCCCCCCCGGACCUUGCUCCGUCCCCUUCGCCCGUCCAUGACGGCGGCGGUGGUUGGAGUGACCAGGGAGGAGGAACUUACGGGUACGGCGCCGUCGAUGACCGCCGCCGCCGCUUCGUCACCUACGUCCUCUGCGCCGCCGCGGCGCUCGCGUUCCUCUCCCUCAUCCUCCUCGGCGCCUCGAUCGCCGUCCGUCGUCGGCAGCUGCGGCGGCGGCGGCAGGCGCUCCUCGCCCAGCCGCCGGCCGCCGCGACCAACGUCGGGAACGACGACCCGGAGGGCGGCGGCAGCGGCGGCGUGGUGCACCACGUCUGGUACAUCCGGACCGUCGGGCUCGACGAGGCGGCGAUCGACUCGAUCGCGGUGACGCGGUACCGCGCGGGGUCUGGGCUCCUCGGCGCCGCCGACUGCUCCGUGUGCCUCGGCGAGUUCAACGACGGCGAGCUCGUGCGCCUGCUGCCCAAGUGCGGCCACGCGUUCCACGUCCCCUGCAUCGACACCUGGCUCCGCGCCCACGUCAACUGCCCGCUCUGCCGCUCCGACGUGAUCGACCCCGCCGCCACGACCGCCGGAGCCGGCAUCGAGUCCGACUCGAACCCAUCGGCUGAUCCAGAUGUGAACGCCAACGCCGCAGCCGAGCAAGCGGCUGCCGGGAGCGAUUCAACGCUGGAGCAUGAAGACGACGAGGAGGACCAGGAAGCGCCGCGCGUGGAAGAAGAACAGCACGAGCAGCAGCAACCCAAUUCGCCAGAGCCAGAGCCAUUGCCGCAGCUCCCGGGCCCGCUGCCGCGGAAUGUGCGGCGCGCGGCGUCGAUGAACGCGGCGAUGGUCUCAACGGCGGCAGACGUGGCCGCGCUGGACCGGCUGCCUGACGCGGCCCCCGAAGGGGAGGAGCGGAAUGGCAGAGAGAAGCAUCAAAGCGGUGCGACCGGCCAUCCGAGCACCGAGAGGCCCGCGCCCGGCGGUCUCCCGAGGUCCUUCUUCGCGCGGCACUGCCGUGCCCGGAGCUCUGUGCUGCCGCUGUGACGGUGCCGAGACCCCGAGCUGAAUUUUGAUCCUAGUCGCCAAUAAUGUGUUACCCGAUCAACGCCCCAAAUGUGUGUGAUACCUGUCGCUUGUAAUCUCAAAACCGAUGAUUGCGAGUUCAAACGCGAAAUGCAGCAAAGAAACGCGAAAUAUGUUAUGUUGUCUGGUUCUA